CUCGGAAUAUCGCGCAUCGUCGGACCCUAGAGAGUUCUCGUUAAUUGCUUUCCUCAAAAACAAUCCAAUCCGAUCCACAUUCAUCAUGAAGACCUCUUUCAUCGCCUUGGCCAUGGCCUCCGUCAGCUUUGCUGCCAUUACUCCCGAUAUGCACCAGGCUGGUCUUGCCCGUGCUCCUACCGGCAAGGGCAACGUCUACUGGCACACUUGCGGCAACUGCAAGUGCAACGCCAGCGGCUCUCGCGAGGGCUUCACCGGCGACAGCGGCUGCAUGCAGAUCGACGGCAACAUCCGUGCCCUCGGCCUCACCCGUACUGGCUCCAAGCAGACUACCUGCAGUGUCUUCACUAGCAACAACUGCUCCGGUGGUGUUGCUCAGAGCGUCGGUGUUGGCAGCGGCACCUACGCCUGCACUGCCCUCAACCAGAACUCUGGCUCCAUCCGCUGCUACUACAAUGCUUAGAUUAAGCUUAAUAUAUAAAUAAACAAUGCCGU